AAAUGUCACAUGCUUAUUGUCAAAUCUGGUUCGCUUGGACAUGGCUGGCGUGACACCUUUCUGGCUAUCCGUAGGGGUUGUGCUCGCCCUGGGGGUGCUGCCAGGGUCCCAGGGUAAGCAGUGUGUGGGCUUGGGACCCUGUAUGUGUGUGUUCGACGACGGUAGUGGCACAGCCGAUAUGACGACCACGGGGAACAGUGAUGGAACGCCAAAGUACAGCGACUACACCGCAUUGUACGACACCUACACCUACUCAUACAACCCCUGUUAUCCCUUCAGUCAGUACGCGUGCACAGACGCUGCGAUGUGUCAGAGUUCCUACGAGGGAGAGUCAUGGCAGACCGGCGACCAGAGUUCAUCAGUCUGGUCCUAUGAUGGAACAGACAUCCAGAUAUACUACAGCGCCACCACCGACACCUUGAGGGAAUCUUUCAUCACUGUUAUCUGUGAUCCGAGCUACGAUGAGCCGUUUGUUGAGAUCCAGGGAUCACAAGGAGAACCCCAAUAUUAUGGACGCAUAACCUCGAAGUGCGCAUGUCCAGACGGUUGUCACAAGACAACUUAUAAUUCCAACGUGGAGGUUACUCUAACCGGAGGAUCCAUACUGCUUAUAAUAUUAUUUGUGUUGAUUUUCGUAUAUCUGGUGGGCGGGGUCACCUACAACAAAUACAGGCGCCAGGCCACGGGGAGAGAGGUACUGCCCAACUCGUCGUUCUGGGGAGCUCUUCCUGGACUCGUUAAGGAUGGUUUUGGGUUCGUCAUCGGCUGUUUUCGAAGAGGAAGUGGACAAAAGGGAUCUUACCAAAACAUAUGACGUACCUGACUCACAGCGUUAUGUAUACCACUUACAGAUGCAAAACAACUUGAACAUAAUAGCAACGAGGGAUUUGUUGUUUGUUCUUUACGAAAACACUCAAAUUCAACAAAAUAAGCAAGGAUUAGCUUAUGGUUGAAAAUAUGUUAUUUAGAAAAAAAUGUUCUUUUAAGGCAAAAGAACCUUAUCCAAGGAUAAUUCAUAAAUACUUUUUCAAACAGCACGAAUUAAUUAAAACGGAUGAUUACAUGAAUGAGUAGUGAGCUGCGUUUAACGCUGGUUUGAACAAUGUUUCAAUUUAUAACAGAUCUGCGUAACCCAUUGUGCAAGGAAAGACGGAAGUGACGCGGUUUGAAAAAGGUUUACCACAUUGGAACCAGCAAACACGAACAUCCUGUUGACAAUCCUCAGGUCAUAAUCAGCGCCCUCUCGGGUCUGAACACAGCAGCUAAGGGACUCAACUCUGCACAGCGAAAAUCGCGGCGACUCAAAGUCGACCACAAAGUUUGCCACAGGACACUUGGAAAAAGAGUAUUAAUACAUUGUGCAUAUUACCAUAUUUUCUUGUGGAAAAUACACACAUCUUCUAGGAGGUAAUUUGGGGUAGUGGUCUUCUUUCACGUAAGGAGUGUACUUCAUAGAGUGACCUUGAGAAGUCCCACAAUAAAAAUGUUACUGUGAAUGUUUAUAUGUGAUAAGCAGACAUUAUUUUCUGUUGCAGAUUUAAUUUAUUUUGGAAUGUGACAGAUGGAUCCUUAGUUUCAAGUAAUUCAAGAUGUGAUCUGGCCAUGGACAAAUGUCUAACCAUGAAUUUUGUUCCUGUGUUUAAUCCAAGGAGUCCUAGGAGGUUCAUUAAGUUCUAAUCCUCUCAUAGAAGGAAUUGCGUAGUAGUUUAAUAUUUUGUGUGCUCAAUAUUGAACUACUGUGUGCUCAAUUGACUCAAGUUUUAGUGGCUAUACCUCUAUGACAUCAGGAAUGUCCACAACACAAAACUUCCCCAUCACUCAAUUCCUUCCAUGUGAGGCUUAGAAACUGUCAAUUGACCCUGUUUGUCCUAUUAAAGCUGUUAUUAUGAGCUGUCAUGACUGA